GUUACUCGCCUUGUUAUGCAACAAAAAAUACAACCUUUCCAGGCAAGAAGUCUGAGAGGAAAAAAAUUAGUUUUUCUUCACUUUUCACCGACAAUAAAUAGGGAAACGCCACAAUGGUCAAAUAUUUGAAGCUCCUGCAGUCGCAAGCUAAACGUGCGGCUUUAUACACCGUGGAACACAAUCAACGUUGGUUCCAUGCCUCAUGUGCCGCCGCAUCGAAAGUCGCUUUGUCGAAAUUCGACCAAAAUGUCUAUUUGCCGUACGAAAAGUUGUGCGCCAACUUGGAAGUUGUCAAGAAACGCUUGAAUCGUCCACUUACGAUGUCCGAAAAGGUCCUUUACUCGCAUUUGGACGACCCCAAGGGACAAGAUAUCGAACGUGGAACAUCUUAUUUGCGUUUGAGACCUGAUCGCGUUGCCAUGCAAGAUGCCACUGCUCAAAUGGCGAUGCUCCAAUUCAUCUCGUCGGGCUUGCCAAGAGUUGCGGUGCCCUCGACUAUUCACUGUGAUCACUUGAUCGAAGCCCAAGUUGGCGGCGACAAGGAUUUGGCACGUGCCAAGGACAUCAACGAGGAAGUUUAUCGUUUCUUGCAAACUGCCGGAGCGAAAUACGGCGUUGGAUUCUGGAAACCCGGAUCCGGUAUCAUCCAUCAAAUUAUCUUGGAGAAUUACGGUUUUCCCGGAUUGUUGAUGAUUGGCACGGAUUCCCAUACUCCGAAUGGCGGAGGUCUUGGUGGCUUGUGCAUUGGCGUUGGCGGUGCUGAUGCUGUUGACGUUAUGGCUGAUAUUCCAUGGGAAUUGAAGUGCCCCAAUGUCAUUGGUGUGCAUUUGACUGGCAAGAUUGGUGGAUGGACAAGUCCUAAGGAUGUCAUUCUUAAGGUCGCCGAUAUCUUGACAGUCAAGGGCGGCACGGGAGCCAUUGUCGAAUACUUUGGCGAAGGUGUCAACUCAAUGUCAUGCACAGGCAUGGCAACAAUUUGCAACAUGGGUGCCGAAAUCGGUGCAACGACGUCAGUUUUCCCCCUCAACGAUCGUCAAAUCGCUUACCUCAAAUCAACGAAACGCGAUGCCAUCGGCGCCGAAGCUCAAAAAUACAAGGAAAAACUUUUGACUGCCGACAAGGGUGCUCAAUACGAUCGCGUCAUCGAAAUCAACUUGGAUACCUUGGAGCCUCACGUAAACGGACCCUUCACGCCCGACUUGGCGCAUCCCAUUAGCAAACUUGGCGAAAAUGCCAAGAAGAACGGCUACCCAAUGGACAUCAAAGUCGGUUUAAUUGGCUCGUGCACCAACUCCUCGUACGAAGAUAUGGGUCGUUGUGCCUCGAUUGCCAAGAAUGCCAUGAAGCACGGCAUCAAAUCGAAGAUUCCCUUCAACGUGACACCCGGAUCGGAACAAGUUCGUGCCACGAUCGCGCGUGACGGCAUCUCGAAGACGUUGGAAGAGUUCGGAGGCACUGUUUUGGCAAAUGCUUGCGGUCCCUGCAUCGGUCAAUGGGAUCGUCGUGAUGUCAAAAAGGGCGACAAGAACACAAUUGUCACGUCGUACAACCGAAACUUCACCGGACGUAAUGAUGCCAAUCCAGCAACGCAUUGUUUCGUCACGAGUCCCGAAAUGGUGACAGCUUUGUCGAUUGCCGGGCGUUUGGAUUUCAAUCCCAUCACGGAUACCUUGACCGGAGCUGAUGGCAAACCCUUCAAAUUGGAGUCGCCCUAUGGCGAUGAAUUGCCAACUAAGGGAUUCGAUCCUGGCAUGGAUACCUACCAAGCUCCCCCAUCGGAUGGCAGCUCCGUGAAAGUUGAUGUCGAUCCAAAAUCGAACCGUUUGCAAUUAUUGUCGCCCUUCGACAAGUGGGAUGGCAAAGAUUUGACCGAUAUGACUGUUUUGAUCAAAGUCAAGGGAAAGUGCACCACUGAUCACAUCUCCGCUGCUGGCCCAUGGUUGAAAUUCCGCGGUCAUUUAGAUAACAUCUCCAACAACAUGUUCAUUGGAGCCACAAAUAGCGAAAAUGGCGAAAUGAACAACAUCAAGAACCAAGAUACCGGCGCAUGGGGUGCUGUUCCCGAUGUUGCUCGUCACUACAAGGCAAAGGGCAUCCGAUGGGUCGCUGUCGGCGACGAAAAUUACGGCGAGGGAUCGUCUCGCGAACAUGCAGCUCUUGAACCCCGUCACUUGGGAGGUCGUGCCAUCAUUGUAAAGUCUUUCGCUCGCAUUCACGAGACAAAUUUGAAGAAACAAGGUUUGCUUCCUCUUACCUUCGCUAAUCCAGCUGAUUAUGAUAAGGUUCAACCUACCGAUAAAAUUUCCAUCUUGGGCUUGGACAAAUUCGCUCCUGGCAAACAAUUAGACUGUGAAAUCAAGCAUGCCGACGGCAAAGUCGACAAAAUCAAGUUGAAUCACUCCUUCAACGACUUGCAAAUCACCUGGUUCCGUGCCGGAAGCGCCUUGAAUCGCAUGAAGGAAAUUGCUGCUGGCAAGUAAGAUGCUAAAGAAGACAUAAACACUAUGCAAUAAGGGAUGCUGUUUCGUUGUAUUGUCGUUAUUUCUAAAAAAAAACAAACAAAAACAACUGAAAAAUGAAGUCAAGUCAAAUAAUUAGAAUUAAACAUGAAAUUUUUGUUUUAAUUUAAAUGUGUUGUCACACACGAGUUUAUAAUAAUUUCGACGGAAUUCGAUAAUAAAUAGAUUUAAAGCCAAAAAAAAAUUAUUAAAAUAAUGAAUAUUGAGUCAUACCUAUAUGAUAUCUUUGUAGAUUUAUAAAUAGCGAUUAUUAUGCUACAUUUGAAUAAAAUUUGAAAAUGGCCCUCAA